AUGGAAGAGUAUAAAAAGAAUCCUCGUCAAACGCAUUAUUCAAAUUUCACCAAAAAAUGCAUUUAUGGCCUAGCAAAGUUGUUUGGCUAUAAUUCAUUGGCAUCGACAGCGAUUUUAAAAAGUCACAUGUUGUAUAGACCCUGUUCUUUGCAGUUGGAAAGGAAUAGAGAUUUCUUUAUCAAUGUUUGCAAGUUACCCGAUAAUUUUCAAACAUGGUUCUCAGUAACACAUUUGCAUAUUUGGAUGAUGAUGGUUCAUUUACGUACUCACGAACAUGGCAAGCGAUAUAUGCAAGAAGUGGUGAAUCGAUUCUUUGAAGAUAUUGAAGAUCGAAUUAUUGAUCUGGGCAUCAACCAGCAGCGAUUGAUUACAAAUUAUAUCAAGGAUUACAUUGCUCAGUGUCAUGGUUCCGUACAAGCCUUUGAUGAAGGCAUGUGUAAAGAUGACACUGUCUUGGCGGCUGCUUUAUGGAGAAAUGUCUUGUCUCCCUCGGUUGCCACCACCGCUACCGUAGAAGCAAACAACCUUGCCCUCUUGGUCAGAUAUGUCCGAGCUCAGCUACAGAAUAUGGAUCAGUACAAAGAUGUCAUGGAAGGGCACGUUGAUUUUGCAAAGUUGGAUACCACUCCCUUGUAA